AUGCCCCGAUUAAUCGAGUCUAUCAAAGAUGGCAUAUGGGACUCUUCAGCGCGCUGUCAGCGAUGGCUUGAUACUGCCAACGGUCGAGGUGUCUUGAAAUGCACUGUCGCCUACACCAUCGCCAGUCUCGCGACAUUUGUACCAUUUCUCGCAAACUUUCUCGGUAAACCAGAGGGCAAACAUGUUGUCGCUACAAUUACGGUUUAUUUUCAUCCCGCUAGGUCGACUGGGUCGAUGAUUGAGGCUAUUCUUAUCGCCAUUGUCGCUGUUGCUUAUGCUGAGAUUAUUUCGGUAUUAUCCAUGGUCACUUCAGUAUUUUUCGGCUCUACGAUGCAUCUUGUGACGUUAUCGCACGUCCUGGUCGUUGUGGUAUUUAUCGGCGGCGGAUUUGGAUUCAUGGGGUGGGUGAAGCAAAGGAUGCUGAAUCCCCUCGUUAAUGUCGGGACUACGCUUGCAUCAUUGGCUAUCAUCGGUGUCGUCACCAAGGAGAAUCAUGUCAUGUCCAACGUCUUUUCGAAUGAAAAGGUACUGCAGGUUUUCAAGAUGCUGGUCAUGGGUAUCACGACCACAACGCUGGUCAAUGUGUUUCUCUGGCGAACCUCAGCCCGCACAUCACUGCGAGAAACCAUGAACCGGGUUUCGAUUCCCCUAGGAGACAUGCUCUACAUAAUCACCAACAGCUUCGUCAGUGGAUCGGAAGAAGGUCUUGUGUCGGAUGGCUUCGUAGCCGCGUCUACGCACUACGCAAAAUCCUACGCGCAGAUGAUGAAGGAUAUGCGAGAAGCCAAGUUUGAACAUUACUUUCUUGGUCACGAAGCCAUUUACGAGCAUGAAAAGUCUGUUGCGCGAUCUAUGGAGACACUCUCGCAAGCUCUGGGUGGUUUAAGAAACGCAACCAAUACGCAGCUCGAGCAGCUACGACAUCCGAAGCUAAUCAACUCCAAUACCGAUGGGACAAGCACUACGAAUACAGCACGAGAGCUAUUCGAGCAGUUCAAUGAGUCUAUUGCGAUGUCGAUGUCAUCUGUGCGACAAAAUCUCUGCCGAAUUCUACAUGAACCCCAAUUUGGACAACCUCCCCACUAUGAGAUUAAUGUCGAUGAAGAUCUGCGCCGCAACUUAAUGGACUCGUUAGAUACCUUCGAUGAAGCUCGUUCUGACGCCCUGCAAGGUCUAUACGACAGGAUAGAACAGAUGGCUUCUUCUGACUUUACAACACGAGCGAAUCUGGAAGAAGUCGCCGCUGCAUGUGGGCACUUCACAUUCAGUGUCCAAUCAUUCGGAGAAGAUGUGCUCCAGUAUCUCGACGUUUUGGACGAUCUGCAGUAUGUUGUCCUGCACAAAAGUCGAGGUUGGAGGUGGCUUCUUUGGUGGAAGGGAAAUGAGCAAGACCGCAACAAAGCUAUCAGAUUAUUCGAGUCAGCUGAAGCAGAUGUCUUGAUGCGCAAUAGACAGAGGUCUGUCAGUGUACUCAGUGGGACAAGCACCUCAGCUGCUGUCCCCAUCCUCGUGGAUGUUAGGACAUGGUAUCAGGCACCUGAUCUGAACAAGAUCCUUGCUUGGGUCUGGAGAAACAUAUCUACGCUUUUUAAGAAGAUGGCGCGAGAUGAUAUCCAGUUCGGGCUCAAAGUCGGUAUUGGCGCGGCUCUUUGGGCCAUGCUCGCGUUUCUAGAAGAGACAAGAGAGUUGUAUAAAGAAUGGCGCGGUGAAUGGGGACUUUUGUCUUUCAUCAUUGUGUGCAGUUUCACGGUUGGCGCUUCCAACACCGUUAGUCUGGCCCGAUUCAUAGGAACUCUUUUUGGAGCGCUGUUGUCCAUCAUCAACUGGAAGAUCAGUCACGGUUAUGCCUUGGUUCUGAUACCUCUUGGAUGGUUAACGAGUUUCAUAAAUUUUUAUCUGAUCAUCCAGUAUGGGAAGGCUUCGUUUGGACGCAUUAGUCUCCUCGCCUACAAUGUCUCUACACUAUAUGCCUACAGAGUGAAGAGAAAGGCCGACGGAAACGACACAGCCGACGAUGGAGUCUUUGAUCAACCUGAUAUCCUCGAGAUUGCUAAGCGUCGCGCUAUUGCUGUCACGGCAGGUAUCAUCUGGGGUCUUGUCAUUUGUCGCGUCAUAUGGCCCAUCUCAGCGCGACGAAAGUUCAAAGAGAGUCUCUCUGUGCUACAUCUACAGAUGGGUCUCAUUUGGAAACGAGGUCCUCUUACUGUUCUUUUCCGCAGUGAGGGGUCUCAAAGCUACCUCAAAUCCGGUGAACAAGCUGCACUGCAGCGAUACGCAUCCAACUUGGACAGUCUGCGUGUCUCUGCCGCGUCAGAAUUCGAGCUUCGUGGACCAUUCCCCAUGGACGUCUACGGUCGAGUCCUAAAAGGAACUAUGCGUAUCCUUGAUGGCUUCUACAACAUGAGUCUCGUAGCGUGUCGAAAGGGACAUUUGACAGAAGGUGAAAAGGCCCUUCUAGAGUAUACAGCUCGUGAACGCUCUAUUCUGUGUGACCACAUCUGCCAAGCAUUUCAGGUCGUUGCUAGCUCUACUAUGCUAGAGUAUCCUUUCGCUGACGCGACACCAAGUAUUGUGUCAGCACGCGAGAAUCUACUAAAUAAGAUCUUUGAGUUUAGAAAGAAUCAUCAACGGCGAUUGGUCGACGAUGACACAAGUGUGAGCAGUGAUUCAAGCGAGGUUUUGGUUGAAGAAAGGGACUAUGCGCUGUUGUACGCUUAUGCCCUUGUGACGGGACAAGUAGCUGAUGAAUUGAGGAUGGUGGGGAAGGAGAUUGGUAGCCUUUUUGGUGUUUUGGAUGAAGAUACAAGGCUUUUGCAAUAG